GUCAAGUUGAUGAUUGAACGUGGCUGACAGUCGCUAAUCUACUUAUCUAGUUUUAAUUAUCAGUAUAUAGUGACAAAACUGUGCAAUUAACGAGAAUCUGUGAUAUGAUAUGAAAUACAUGUAUUACUUUCCAAGUAAAAAGAAUCCUUCCACAAUCAAAUCUCUAAAAAAUGGCUUUAAAAAAGGUAAAAGGAAAUAUAGAACGAAUGUUUGAUAAGAAUUUAACAGAUCUUGUAAGAGGAAUCCGAAACAAUAAGGAAAAUGAGGCCAAAUACAUUUCAGAACGCAUGGAAGAUAUCAAACAAGAACUCAGACAGGAUAAUCUUUCUGUUAAAAGCAAUGCCAUUGCUAAACUUACUUAUUUACAAAUGUUGGGGUAUGACAUAUCCUGGGCUGGGUUUAACAUAAUAGAAGUUAUGAGCUCUAGUAAGUUUACUUUGAAGAGAAUAGGAUAUUUGUCUGCCAGUCAGUCGUUUCAUUGCGAUUCAGAGCUACUUAUGCUUACUACGAAUAUGAUAAGAAAGGAAUUAAAUUCCCAAAAUCAGUAUGAAGCAGGAUUGGCUCUAACAUCACUAAGUUGUUACAUAAGUACUGAUUUAGCCCGUGAUUUGUCAAAUGAUAUAUUAACAUUGCUCAGCUCUACCAAACCAUACAUAAGAAAAAAAGCUGUACUAAUGAUGUAUAAAGUUUUUUUGAAAUAUCCUGAUGCCUUGCGACCUGCCUUUCCUAGAUUAAAGGAGAAAUUGGAAGACCCAGAUCCAGGUGUUCAAUCAGCGGCAGUAAAUGUUGUGUGUGAGUUAGCAAGGAAAAAUCCCAAGAAUUAUCUUAGUCUUGCCCCAGUUUUCUUCAAGCUCAUGACAACAAGUACAAACAACUGGAUGCUUAUCAAAAUUAUAAAACUGUUUGGUGCCCUUACUCCUUUAGAACCUAGGCUAGGCAAAAAAUUAAUUGAACCCCUUACCAAUCUUAUACACAGUACGUCAGCAAUGAGCCUACUCUACGAAUGCAUAAAUACUGUUAUAGCUGUCCUUAUCAGCAUAUCAUCGGGGAUGCCCAACCAUGCAGCCAGUAUACAACUUUGCGUCCAAAAAUUGAGGAUAUUGAUCGAGGAUUCCGAUCAGAAUUUAAAAUAUUUAGGAUUACUGGCAAUGUCCAAAAUACUGAAAACCCAUCCCAAAAGUGUGCAGGCUCACAAAGAUUUGAUUCUACAAUGUCUAGAAGAUAAAGAUGAAUCCAUACGACUGAGAGCUCUGGAUUUGUUGUAUGGCAUGGUUUCCAAGAAGAAUCUUAUGGAAAUAGUCAAAAAAUUAAUGGUUCACAUGGACAAAGCUGAAGGAACUGUAUAUCGAGAUGAGUUACUUAGUAAAAUAAUUUUAAUAUGUUCCCAAAAUAAUUACCAGUUUAUCACUAAUUUCGAGUGGUACAUUACCGUGUUAGUGGAAUUGGCACAAAUGGAAUUUGGAUCCAAACAAGGUCACAUCAUUGGUGCACAAUUGAUGGACGUUUGUAUUCGGGUCCAAGCCAUCAGAUGCUUUACAGUAGCAGAGAUGGCUCAAAUAUUAGACAUAUACACUUCUACCUCCCAGUUUACCAUCAUGCAAGAAGUUCUCUAUGCAGCCGCGUGGCUUUGCGGGGAAUUUGUAGGAGAGUUGAAAUAUCCAGAACAAACUAUCAAAGCGAUGAUAAAAUACAAGAUGUUGCCGCAACAUAUCGAAUCCGUUUUCAUUCAAAAUAUCCUCAAAAUAUUUACGUUUAUCAUUCGCAAAUAUGAAAUGAAUGAUCAGAACGAUGACGCUCUUAGAAUAUGCGACUUGGUAUGCGACAAAUUGAACGAGAGCAUCAAAUCCGGUGAGCUGGAAGUUCAGGAACGAGCUAGCACGUCGCUGAUGAUUAUAAAAAUUGUAAAGGAAGAAUUUGCGGCAAAAAAUUCUACAGACAAUAACAAGAUUUUGGAAGAUGAUAGUAAUAAUGAAAUGAAUUUGAAAUCAGAAAAUAUACCAUUGAUUGCCGACGAAUUGGAAAGUUUAUUCAACGGGGAGUUGAACCCUGUAGCACCCAAAGCGCAGAGGAAAGUUCCUGUCCCAGAUGGUCUGGACUUGGAUGCAUGGAUCAAUGAGCCCAUCUACGAUACCGAUUCGGAUAGUGAGCCCGAAAUGAUGGAAAAUCUUUUUGUAAAAUCAGAAAAAACCAAGACGAUUUACUACCACGAACCUACAGAAGAAGAUAUCAAAAAGAGUCGCGAAGCUAGAAAAUGUGAACAACAAAACAAUCCGCACUAUUUGAAGAGCAACAUCUCGUUCGAGCAACCUAACGGUAACGGAGCCAGCGACACCUACGAAAACAUUCCCGUCGCCGAACUGAAUCUCAACGUACCGCUUAAAGUUUUGAGCCAAAAACGAUCUGACAAGUACCUUAAUUUGAAUGCCAAGUCGUCUAAGAAAAAGAGGAGUAAAAAGAAGAAAUAUAAAUCAGAUAGUUCUUCCGAUGAGGAAUUACACCCUGGACCUGUGAUAGAAAUUAAAAGAGACAUGGAACUUCCUGAAGGAGCCACCCUUUCCGAUGGAGACAGCGACCCUUCCCAAAAAGAUGACCCACACAAAGCGUUAGACAUUGAUUUAAAUCUACCAGCAUAUGACUAUUCAGCCAAACCGGAAACAAUUGAGAAUGCGCUGAGGCCCAAAAGAGACAAGAAACACAAGAAGAAAUCGUCAGAAAAAGAAAAACCUUAUAAAGGCAGUAAACUCAAACAUCUAAACGAGAAUACCACAAGUAAUAAAAUAGUCAAGGAAAAAUCUAGUAAAAAGAAAAGCGAUAGACAUAAAGAGAAUAAGGUGAUAAAGGAAACUAAAGAAGGGAAUUUGUUAGGUUUUGAUGAUGAACAUGUGGAGAAAGUGAAAGAGGUUAAGAAAGAGAAGAAGGAAAAGAAGACUAAAGAUAUAAAAGAAAAAGGUGAGAAAAAGAAGAAAAAGUCCAGUUCCGGUUACGAAGAAGCAAUUGGAAUUUCAACGCCCAGUAAAGAAUUUCAAUAGUUUUACCCAUUUUUAUUAUUUAUUGUUCUAAGUUCGUUGAAAUACUCUCUAUUUGAAAAGUAUAAAUAAAAAUAGCGCAGGUUAUAAUUUUAUGAAAAAUGGAAGUUAAAACUUUAUAAACAUAUUAUUACCAGGACUUCUUACACGGCUUAUAUAAACUUUUUUAUGUGACAUUGAUUUUUUCUUCUUUUGAAACAAUUUUUUACAGCUCUACGUUGACGUGAUAAGCAAUGGAUCUGUACUAAAGUUGUAAAACUAAGGUCCAUAUUUAUUAACUGAAUACAUCCUUGAACGAAAAUCGAAAUACGGGAAUUAAUAGAUCGAUAGUAGCAAAUCCUGUACUGUUCGUUUAUGGAUUUAUUACCCGUAUUACCUGGAACUAGAGCAAUUAUACCCGAACUUCGAUUUUCGUUCAAGGUUGCGCUUAGACAAGAUCGAGUUGGCCAAAAUGUUUAUAAAUACGAACCUUAGAUAAGUUUCUGAUCCAAACCCGAUUAUUUUUUACACUUAAUAAUUUUUUCAAUCAAAAUUAAUGCGGUCGCGGCCUAUAUAAUUGUGCAAACCGAAGCUGUCAUGGUGCGGACGUGGUUGCGGUAUUAUGUGACAGCAGACAUGCCUAUAGUUGCGGUCUAUGUAAAUCUAUGUGAGAUGGUUUCUAUAUGAGUACACUUAUUGUGGGGUUGUAAAAAAUGGCAAUAAUUCAUCAAAAAAUGAUAUUUAUAAGCUGUGUACGUUCUCCUUUAUUACAGACAUUGUCGAGUUUUUCGUAAUCGAGUAUUUAAAAUCAAUCGCGAUUCUUCGUUGAACUUAAGAAUUUGUGUAUAUUUCUUAACGAUCUGUAACUCUAAUAAAUGAAAGACUUAUUAAAAAUAAUAAUAAUACUGAAUUGCUUUAUAAUCCCUAUAGUUUAUUUAAAAAAAUGUAUAUUGUGAAAUGAGAUCAAUAAAUUAUAUUGUUU